AUGGCGUUUGCUCCAAAGGCCGGAGAUUGGGUGGAGGUGACGAUUGACGGCGAGGCCCACGGGGGCAGCUUCUUCAGCGCCAAGAUCCUGCAGUGCAGGGGUUCCGACGUUGUCGUCGAGUUUAUCGAGACGGGGCCAGGUGGGGUUGCUGGGAGGAAGGCGAUUGUCCCGGCUCGUUCGCACAACGUUCGGCCCAAGCCCCCUGGCUACGCCAACGCAAACCCAGUGCAGGACCGGCAGCUUGGAGAAGCCGUGGACUGCUGGUGCCAGGGGGCGUGGCGGAUGGGCCACGUGCACGAGGUGUACGAUGACGGCGUAACAGUGUUCUGUCCGUCCAGGCCGGAGGCUCAGAGCUUGGUGACCGUCCCCGCUGCUGCCCACCCCUGUGCGAUUCGGACUGGGCUGGAUUGGGACGCCGAGGGAGGGGGUUGGCUGCCGCGGGACAGCCGAUCAUUUUUCGGUGCAAAAGUCCGUCGCGGCGAGAAGCUGAACCAGGGGCCAGGUUGCUUGAUGGCGGGCUGGGGUGGAGCUGGAGCGGCAAGCGAACGCAGGGCGAGCUGGUCGGUCGAGGAAUGUGGGGAAGAGGCGGCUGGCUUGGUGCGUGGCGUCGACCAGGGGAUGGGAGGCUUGGAUGGCGGCGUGGCGUCUUCAAGGUCCUCAAGGGCGUCCACGGGAUUUUGGAGAAGGGAAGACCGCGACGACAGGGGAGGUGCCGGCCUAGAAGAGCCGGAGGCUUUGGAGGCAGGUAGAGAUGUGUGGAUAUGCCAGCAGGGGCGCGCUGCAAUGGGCGGGAACCAGGGCGGUAACUCGAAGGAUGGGACCAGAAUUUGGCAGUUUGCGGGCGGUGGGGGCGCCAGGCCUGCAGAGGGUUAUCGAUCCAUUGACGCUUGCGAAAGAGGUGGAAUGGUUCACGUUCGAGCCAAGAGGCAGAAAAUGGAAGGUGUGGCUGAUCCAGACACAAACCAGCCUUCGAUGAAAGCUGAAGAGCUGGGUACCGAACCGCAGCCUCCCUGCCCAAGCAAUCAGGAUAGCUUUGUGACUGGCUCAAAGGUGGUUGGCGAUGGGUGUCUGCCACAGACUGGGGUGUUGACUGGUAAUGAAACCGGGGAGUCAGCAAAGGAUAAGCGAAAUUGGCGCAAAAUGCUUCAUGACAGAGGCCAAAAAGAACUGUUCAAUGGAAAGGUAAUUGGACCAAAACUUUGCAUAGACAACCUGGGUUGGGUUUUUCAAGAUGACAAAAUAAAGAAAGACCUAGUGGCAAUGUUAGAUGGAGUUGAGGACAUCGAAUUCGCAACUGGAGAAUUCGAUGGGAAGCGUUACAGUGCAGGGUGGGCUUGUGCAACCUUCAAGUCAGUGGAGGCUGCAGUAUGUGCCAUGGAGAAACUAGACACAAUGUACAUGGAGGUCCCCUGUUGCCCCAUCCCUAGGCCGCUGGUGCCCCAUUUUCCAAUGUGGGAAGCAUACCCAUGGGGGCGGCACACAGACAUGCCAGGGUACCUUGAUGUGCGGGGUGAAGUAUCACCACACUUUGCCCAGAAGAACAGCAUAGAGUACCGUGCUGCGAUCAAAUGGAGGCACAGCGAUCAGCUCACAGGCAAUGUGAAGGAGCAGCUGUGCCAAGAAUGUGUGGAUAAAGUAUGCAAGGAGGUGGAGAAGCUUGGCGGGAACUCUCUGGACUCUUGCAAGAGCUGCUCAUCUGAUGUCAGCUCUGGUAGCCACAGCAUCUCCGCACAGUCCACCCUGUGGGUCAAAAGGAUUCCCCUGGGCAUCAGCGAUGAGAGGUUGCAGCAGGCCUUUGCGCAGUUCGACGCGAAUGAUGCCUGCAAGGUCACGCGGAUCAUAAAUCCUGUAUCGCAGAGAGAGUACGGGCACAUGGUGGUGCAGUUUUCUGAACCGGGCAAGGCAGCCAUGAUGUGCUUGGACCUGAACAAGUUUCUUUUCCAUUGUGGGGGCACGCCGCGUGCAGUCCAUGCCGCUAUGUUCAAACCUGGACCCCCGCAGGGAUUUCAGGGUAUCUUUGACCGUGCGAUGCACAAGGCGCUGGGGUUUGAUGCAUCCCGCUGUGGAAGGGGCUGUGCAGCGAGGUCGAGGGUGGUGAACUUCACAGGAUCGGCCAGCCCCUCGCGCAGGUGCGCAAAGGCAGUGCGAGACGUGCUUAACAAACAGCUGUGCCUGGUGGCGCAUUUUUAUGAGCAGUGCAAGGACGAGAGGAGGAGGCUGCAUGUGCACCAGCAGAAGGAAUUUAAUGACGCACAAGAGAUGAAGACAGAGUUGGAAGCUCUCUGUCAGAGCCCUGUUGUUAAGAACAUGGCCGAGCGGAGAUAG